AUCAGCUACUGACCAUGUCAACGGAGUUCCAGGAUACUCACCUUGCAGAGGUGAAACCUCUGGUGGAGAAGGAGGAGGCUAUCACUCGCCUCCUUCCAGACUUCGAUGUUCAGGAGCAAGAUGUGGAGACUGUGCAUGGCUCGGUCCAUGUCACCAUGUGUGGGACUCCCAGAGGGAACCGGCCAGCUAUCCUCACCUACCACGACAUUGGGCUGAAUCAUAAAACUUGCUUCAAUCCUCUCUUCAACUUUGAGGAUAUGCAGGAAAUCACCCAGCACUUUGCAGUCUGCCAUGUGGAUGCACCUGGUCAGCAGGAUGGAGCACCGUCUUUCCAAGCUGGGUACGUAUAUCCCUCCAUGGAUCAGCUGGCUGAAAUGCUUCCCGGGAUCCUGAAACAGUUUGGGCUGAAGACUGUUAUAGGAAUGGGAACUGGAGCCGGUGCCUACAUCUUAACCAGAUUUGCUUUAAACCACGCAGAGAUGGUGGAGGGAUUAGUUCUUAUUAAUGUAAACCCUUGUGCUGAAGGUUGGAUGGACUGGGCAGCAACUAAGAUUUCAGGUUGGACAAAUGCUUUACCAGACAUGGUCAUUUCACAUCUGUUUGGAAAGGAAGAGAUUCACAGCAACCAUGACCUGAUCCAUACUUAUCGUCAGCAUAUUAUUAACGAUAUGAAUCAAAACAACCUUCAUCUCUUUGUCAACUCUUACAACAGUCGACGAGACCUAGAGAUUGAGCGCCCUGUUCCUGGAAUAAAUGUUGUCACUCUUCAAUGCCCUGUCCUCCUGGUGGUUGGCGACAGCUCCCCGGCGGUGGAUGCCGUGGUUGAAUGCAACUCAAAGCUGGACCCAACAAGGACCACACUUCUGAAGAUGGCUGACUGUGGUGGGCUCCCUCAAGUUUCCCAGCCUGCCAAGCUCGCAGAAGCUUUCAAAUACUUUGUUCAGGGAAUGGGAUACAUCCCCUCUGCUAGCAUGACCAGGCUGAUGAGGUCCCGCACUGCUUCUGGCUCCAGCGUAACCUCUUUGGAAGGACAGAGGAGCCGGUCUCACACUGGGGAAGGCACAAGGAGCCGGUCUCACACUGGGGAGGGAACGAGGAGCCGAUCCCACACCGGGGACGGUGCCAGGAACCGCUCCCACACAGACACACGCAUUGAGCUGACGCCGAACUCGGCAAGCAACGCUGAACAAUCAAGCCCCAAGUCCAUGGAAGUGUCCUGUUAGAUGGCUGUGGGAGGUUUAAACUGGUCACAGUGUGAAAAAGUAAUGGAUGCCCCCUGUGUAUUACAAAAACAUAACUGGUAUUAAUCUCAAGCUAUUCUGUAGGAUGAACUCUGUUCACCAGGGUCUGACAGGGACCAAAGAAAAGAAGCAUCUCAUUUGCUCUAUCGUUAUUCUUGUAACUCAGACAGUUGCUGCUAUUGUGCCCUCCUUCAGUGGAUGCCAAAUUCUAAAGGAUACUUGCCAAAAGCUGAUGUGGUUGUAAACACUUCAGAGUCAAACCAGACUUGCUUAAUAUCCUCCUUUAAAAUCAAAACUGUUACAUGCCCCUUUAUCUCUUAUUUUCUUGAAGUAAACCGGCAAAUUUGAGAUGAGUUUCAAAGAGGGGGAGAAAAAAAUCGCUCUUAUGGAUGGCUUUUAAAAAAGGAAACAAAACAAAUGUAUUAUGGCCUCAUGAAGCUGGAGUUGAAUUCAUUGUAUAUAGCUUGACUUCAAAUGAUAGAGAAGU